AUGGGUCGCAUGCACUCCAAGGGCAAGGGUAUGAGCUCGUCGGCUCUGCCCUACCGCCGCAGCCCGCCCUCGUGGUGCAAGACCACCUCUCAGGAGGUGACCGAGCACAUCUGCAAGCUGGCGCGCAAGGGCAUGACCCCCUCGCAGAUCGGCGUGCUGCUGCGCGACAGCCACGGCAUCCCGCAGGUGCGCUACGUCACCGGCACCAAGGUGCUGCGCCUGCUCAAGGGCCACGGCCUGGCGCCCGAGAUCCCCGAGGACCUGUACCACCUCAUCAAGAAGGCCGUGUCCAUGCGCAAGCACAUGGAGCGCAACCGCAAGGACAAGGACUCCAAGUUCAGGCUCAUCCUGAUCGAGAGCCGCAUCCACCGCCUGGCGCGCUACUACAAGAAGGCCAAGAAGCUGCCGCCCACCUUCAAGUACGAGUCCGCCACUGCGUCCACCCUGGUGGCCUAG